CGAGAAGCUUCAGCGCUGAUCUAUGAUGUUGCUUCAUGUCCGGUUUCAUCACCAAAAACCACAGAACCAGAGCUGUGUGGGCGGAGCCAGUGAUGUGGGCGGAGCCAGUGAUGUGGGCGGAGUGCUGGCUCCUCUCAGAAGGAGCAAACCGAAGGAGCAGCUCUUCAGUCCUCUCUGUUGCAUCAAAGAUCCUCUACGACCAGACAGAGCUCUCACUCUCAAAAGAACAGAGAUGAUGUCAGGUGUGACUCCAUCAGCUGAUUGGUCAUCAGGGUCUCCAGCCACCAGGGGUCAAAGGUCAUCAGGUUUCAGGAUGAAGCAAGCUAACUGGUCGGCCUCGGAUGAAGCCGAGCUCCUCAGACGGCCUCUCCGAUUGGACGGCGCCAGCUCUCCGUCACUCGGCUCUUCCUACAGCCCACUUCCUCUCCACUCCUUAUAUGGGCAUCCUGUUCUGGCUCCGCCCGCUGCCUUCCUGCACCCGUCCCCACCUGGAUGGGACCUGCUCAGUCCUUCCUCGUCUCCGGCCUGCAGUGAGUCAGAGCGCCGCCAGUGUUUCAGCUGCGGGACCCACAGCGCCCUCCUGUGGAGGAGGGAGGCAGCAGGAAUGCACCUGUGUUCCACCUGCAGCGUCCGACAGCAGAACCGGGAGCAGAACCCGCCGCUGCUGAGGCCCAAGAGGAGAGCGGUGGCAGCCAGGAAAGGAACCCAGUGCUCCAACUGCGGGACGGGAACCACGUCUUUGUGGAGGAGAAACGCUGCAGGAGACACCGUCUGCAACGCCUGUGGCCUCUACUACAAGCUGCACCAGGUGCAUCGGCCACUGGCACUGAGGAAGGACGGGAUCCAAACCAGGAAGAGACGAUCGGCCAAUCAGGCCGGAAGGGAGCUGACCAAUUAGGGCCCUGGGCUGGCCCGCUGUGGUGAACCGGACCGGCUCCUCUGAGGAUGAUGAUGAUGUGGAAUAAAGCAUGUGAAGCUGG